GCGGCGCCAGCAGCCGGGACCCCGCACGGUGCGCACGGUGCGGCGGGGGAGAGCCGAACUGAGUCCGGCUGGGGCCGCAGGAGGGCGGCGUGGCGGAGGACGCCGAGACGCUGCGGCCGCGCGGAGUGGACUAGCUGCGCACCUGGAAAGUUACGCGGCGGCCUGAUUCCCGAGCAACAUGGGAAAUGGUUCGGUGAAACCCAAACAUGCUAAGCACCCAGAAGGCCAGUCAGGGAACCUCAGCACGGAUGCCCUGCGGAACAAGGUGGCAGAGCUGGAGCGGGAGCUGAGGAGGAAGGAUGCCGAGCUUCAGGACCGGGAGUACCACCUGAAGGAGCUGAGGGAGCAGCUGGCCAAGCAGACUGUGGCCAUCGCGGAGCUCACCGAAGAGCUGACGAGCAAGUGUAUCCAGCUAAACAAGCUGCUGGAUGUCAUUCACGUGCAGGGAGGAAGCCCUCCACAGGCCUCUCCCGACAAAGUGCCUCUGGAGGUCCACCGCAAGACCUCGGGGCUUGUCUCUCUCCACAGCAGGAGGGGGGCGAAGGCUGGAGUGUCUGCGGAGCCCACCACCCGAACCUACGACCUCAACAAACCCCCCGAGUUCUCCUUUGAGAAAGCAAGAGUCAGGAAGGACUCCAGUGAGAAAAAGCUCAUCACAGAUGCCCUCAAUAAGAACCAGUUUCUGAAGAGACUGGACCCCCAGCAGAUCAAAGACAUGGUGGAAUGCAUGUACGGGAGGAGCUACCCACAGGGCAGCUACAUCAUCAAGCAAGGAGAGCCAGGCAACCACAUCUUUGUGCUGGCAGAGGGUAGACUAGAGGUGUUCCAAGGAGAGAAGUUGCUCUCGUCCAUCCCAAUGUGGACCACUUUUGGGGAACUGGCAAUUUUGUACAACUGUACCCGUACUGCCUCUGUGAAAGCUAUUACGAAUGUUAAAACGUGGGCGCUCGACAGAGAGGUAUUCCAGAACAUUAUGAGGAGAACAGCCCAAGCCAGGGAUGAGGAGUACAGAAAUUUCCUCAGAAGUGUUUCCUUGUUGAAGAAUUUACCUGAAGAUAAACUAACCAAGAUCAUUGACUGCUUGGAAGUGGAAUACUAUGACAAAGGCGACUACAUCAUCAGAGAAGGAGAAGAAGGAAGUACCUUUUUCAUUUUGGCAAAAGGAAAGGUGAAAGUCACACAGAGCACUGAAGGCCACGAUCAGCCCCAGUUGAUCAAAACCCUUCAAAAAGGGGAGUACUUUGGAGAAAAAGCUCUGAUCAGUGAUGAUGUCAGAUCAGCCAAUAUAAUUGCUGAAGAAAAUGAUGUCGCGUGCCUCGUGAUAGACCGAGAGACAUUCAACCAAACUGUUGGGACAUUUGAGGAGCUCCAGAAAUACCUUGAGGGGUAUGUGGCCAACCUGAACCGCGAUGAUGAAAAAAGACAUGCCAAGCGCUCUAUGUCUAACUGGAAGUUGUCCAAAGCCCUUUCUCUGGAGAUGAUUCAGCUGAAAGAGAAGGUGGCCAGAUUCUCCUCAACGUCCCCAUUCCAGAACCUCGAGGUUAUCGCCACACUGGGCGUUGGUGGGUUCGGAAGAGUGGAGCUUGUUAAAGUUAAGAACGAGAAUGUUGCUUUUGCUAUGAAGUGUAUAAAGAAGAAGCACAUAGUUGACACUAAGCAGCAAGAACAUGUCUUCUCAGAAAAGAGGAUCCUGGAGGAGCUGUGCUCUCCGUUCGUAGUGAAAUUAUAUCGUACUUUCAAGGACAAUAAAUAUGUGUACAUGCUUCUGGAGGCCUGCUUGGGUGGAGAGCUGUGGAGUAUUCUAAGGGACAGGGGAAGCUUUGAUGAACCCACCUCCAAAUUCUGUGUCGCCUGUGUGACAGAAGCCUUUGAUUACCUACAUGGACUAGGCAUUAUCUACAGAGAUCUGAAGCCAGAAAACUUAAUCCUGGAUGCCGACGGCUACCUUAAGUUGGUUGACUUUGGAUUCGCCAAGAAGAUUGGCUCUGGGCAGAAAACGUGGACAUUCUGUGGGACUCCAGAGUAUGUGGCCCCUGAGGUCAUUCUCAACAAAGGACACGACUUCAGCGUGGACUUCUGGUCCCUGGGAAUUCUAGUAUAUGAGCUCCUAACGGGCAACCCACCCUUUUCUGGAAUAGACCAAAUGAUGACCUACAAUUUGAUUCUCAAAGGAAUUGAAAAAAUGGAUUUUCCCAGGAAGAUAACAAGGAGGCCUGAGGAUUUGAUCCGGAGGCUUUGCAGGCAAAAUCCUACAGAAAGGCUGGGGAAUCUGAAGAAUGGGAUCAACGACAUUAAGAAGCACAGGUGGUUAAAUGGUUUUAAUUGGGAGGGCCUGAAAGCACGGAACCUUCCAUCACCUUUGCGAAGAGAGCUCAGUGGCCCCAUAGAUCACAGCUACUUUGACAAGUAUCCUCCUGAAAGGGGGGUGCCUCCGGAUGAGAUGUCAGGCUGGGAUAAAGACUUCUGAAAGAAGAAAAGUGACGGCAGGCAUGUGAGGAUCAAUGACACCGUGCUGAGUAUUCCUCUCAUGAGAGCAUCAGGAAGAUCUCUUAGAAGAUCAUCAGGGAGAAGAUCCUGAUGGAUCACGGAAGCAGAGUGGCUAGAUGUGGUUCUGAAUGAGAACAUCUCCUUUAGAUGCUGUGAAUUACCCCUGUAUUCCUGUAUUUGUCUCUGCUGUCAAAGACUGUCCCCUCCCUUUUACAUGAUCAGAUCUAUUUUUGCUGGCAUAGCAUAGAUUUCUCUGAGAUCUGUUCCUCCCUACAACUCAUACUCUCUUGCCUCGAAUCCUAAGAAAAUAUUAAUAUUUUCACCUUGAGCACCUAAGUCAUCCAGAUAGAAGGAAGAAUAUGAACAACUUUAGAAGACUCUUUCCAGGGCUGAACAGAAACCAAGGAUAUAUUGUGACAUCUUCAAGUGGUGGUUUCCAGAAAUCAUGAAUUUCAUCUUCUUUUAACCUAAAAAUACACUAAAUUGUUUUUCUGAUUCCAUCCAGGGAAAAGAAAACAUUUGAAUACUAGUCAGAAAUACCAGUUACUUAAGGAAGUCAGUUAAUCAAAUCAGAUAAUUACAUUAUUUUUAAUGACUUAGAAAAGUAAACAAAAACUUUCUUUUUCCUUUGGCCAGCUGUGAUACCUCAGAGAUUUUUCAGUAUCUUCAUUAAAAAUCAUCUAGAGAGUAUGGCUAAAUAUUGGGCCUUUGGAAAUGUUUUACCUUAUAUUAAAAAAUAUUUCCACUAGCAAAAUAGAAAACCUGGUGGAACAAAAUACGAAGGACAUUUCCUUCCCACAAAAGACUAAGCACAAUGAACUCUGGUAGGUAAAGUUGCUGAUCCUUUCAAACUCUGAGAUAUACUGUUUAGUCCGUUAUUACUGCUAUUAAUAAACACAAAGAACAGAAGGACCACCUUUACUCUUUAUUGAGAAGCCGGUUGGCAGAUGCUGGUAUUUGUUGUAAUCACUGAGUUAGUGGCUUUGUUUAAAGCAUUUGAGUCAUGUAUAUAAUUACAGCACAAGCUACUGGGAAUGUGAUAGGAUUUUAGAAGGCAAAGGAACUCUCAGAAUCUGCUCUCUUUCUGCUGUGACUUGACAGUCUUCCAAAGAGUGAAUAGGAGAGGUUCUGUGCCCUGGUCACCCGUCCCUGAGGAUUUCACCGGUGAGUGUUGGUGGGUGUUGAUCACAACUACUUCCUCUCUUCCUUCCAAAAUGGUGGCAAAUUUCGCUCUAUCUUUUUAAUCCGGCAGGGUAGAAACGACAUUCUGCAUCAUUCCUAGUUCCUGUAUCGUUCAAACUUCUGAUUGUAUUUUCAUAUGAUAAUAUUCUAUGUGAAAAGCAAACUUCGCCAACUCCACACGUAUUUUUUCAUUCUUUAUAGAAAGUCAGCAACUUAUUUCCUGAAGAUUUAAGCCAGAUAAGCGAGGCCCAGAAUAAGAAAGUGCAUCCUUAAUAAAUUAUAUUUACAUAUUUAGAGUCCUUUUGCUGAACCAAAGAGUUUUGUUUUUCAGAGUAGAUUUUUAAAGAUUAUGUAUUGUAUAUAAAAAAGCCAUUUUUAAUAGAAUUAAUAUAACAUGCUUUAAGAAUUUCUAAAGUCUAAAAAUAUUUUAUUUGCAUUUGGUUUGUAAUGUACUAUAUGUUUUUUCAUGUAUAUAUUUUAUAAUUAUAAACAAAUACAGGUAGAAAAUGGAUAUACUGGAUGGACAUUAGGACUGUACAGUUAUAAUAACAAUGGUAUUCUCAAAAUUGUUCCAUUAUUCUAGUUGAAGAGAAUAAUACCACAUGUAUAGACUUAAAACCCAACCUAGAGGUUAAUUUUUCCUGUGAGUGGUCAUAUCAUAUGUAAUUCUCACAUAUGACUUUUUUUUACUGUGUUUCCUUUAUAAAGAUGAAGAUAUGUAAGACUGAAUUAUCUUUUAAUCUCAGCUUGAUUUUUAGCUCAGUGACCUUGACAAGAUGAUUUGCCUUUGGGUACUCGCGUCUUACUUGUAGCACAAAGGUGCAGUGAUGUUUACAGACAGAUCCUUACCUGGUGUCUGGGAAGUGAUCCUUGAUGCGUCGA